AUGGAACCAGACGACUUUGAUUCUGAGGACAAAGAGAUAUUAAGCUGGGAUAUUAAUGAUAUGAAACUGCCACAGAAUGUGAAAAAAACAGACAGCUUCGAGGAAUGGCCGGACUCCUACGUGAAGCACAUCUACAGCUCGGAGGACAGGAACGCACAGAGACACCUGAGCAGCUGGGCCAUGCGCAACACCAACAACCACAACUCUCGCAUCCUCAAGAAGUCCUGCCUGGGCGUGGUGGUGUGCAGCCGCGACUGCUCCACCGAGGAGGGGCGCAAGGUCUACCUGCGACCUGCCAUCUGUGACAAAGCCCGGCAGAAGCAGCAGAAGAAAUACUGUCCCAACUGCAAUGGGCCCCUGAAGCUAAUUCCUUGCCGAGGCCACGGGGGCUUCCCAGUCACCAACUUCUGGAGGCACGAAGGACGCUUCAUAUUUUUCCAGUCAAAGGGAGAUCAUGAUCAUCCAAAGCCAGAAACCAAAGUAGAAGCAGAGGCAAGAAGAACAAUGAAGAAAGUGCACACAGCGUCCUCCUUGGUCUCUCUAAGGCUGAAGAGCCCAGAACCAAAGUCUCUUUCAGGUGAAAUGCAAACUUGGGAAAGUUUGCCUUUAACUUGGUCUUUCCAGAAAGGAGUCCAAUUGCCUGGUAGUUACAGUGGACAUUUAAUAGCUAACACUUCCCAGCAGAAGUCAUUGAAUGAUUGCUUAUCCUUUUCCAAGAGUUGUGGGUUUGAGGGAACCACUGAUCUGGCAGACCUCACUUCCACCCUGGGUCCCACUAAGCUCUAUGAGAAACGCAAAUUUUUCAAUAGUAGGAUCUACAACAGUGGAGACCUGCUCCAGCCUUCGGUCCCUGGAGUCUACUCAGAUAACAACGAUCUGCAAACAUGGAAUAAAAAUGCUGCUUUGGGAAGAAAUCCUCUUAGUGACAGGCGUUGUCCCAGUUAUGCUUUUCCUCUGGCCAGUUGGCCUUAUGACUCCUCCCCUUCUCCUAACUCUUCAGAGCCCUUCUUCCAGCAGAUUCUGGUGGAACCAACAGCAGCCAAAACUAGCUGCCAUCCAUUACAGCCAAAUCCUGGAGGUGAUCUUUAUGAAAGGAAGAUGGCUGUGGAUCUUAGCUACUUCCCUUCCACCACAUACCAUUCACCCCAGGAGGAUGCCCUUCUCACCUACACACCUCACCCUCACCAUCAAUAUUCACUGUCAAGUAAGGGCACUAAAUGGGAUUUUGAUGAGGAAAUUAGGUAUAUGGGUUUGAAUCACUGUAACAAUGAAACACUUCUAAACCUCUGUCCUUUAAGAUGGCCCAAAUCUUCCACAACCACAUAA